CACUUUAUUUGCAUAGGGCGUACCUCAAAUCCUCCCAGUAAAGAUGAGUUUGAAAAUAAAUGUUCCGACGAUAUCUAUAACGCCGGAAAAUGAGGAAGACGAUGACCACAACUGUUACUCACUGGCUGAAGCGUUGACCGACAUUGAGGAACUAGACAUGGACAAUGAGAAAGUUUCAAAAAAUAGAAUUAGAAAUCGCAGAAAGAACAAACCGAAAUUAUUAGUAAAAGUAUCAAACGACUUUGAUAGCCACACCGAUGUCGAAGACAUGGAAGGUUCCGACAAUGAAGAAAAUGCACUGAUAAUGCACGAAAAGCCGAUGAGCCUUGAAGAUCUUGAUUUAGAACCUGGCACUUUUGAGGAGUCUUGCAAGCUUCAUUUAAAGAACAAAAGCAAGAAGCGACUCAAAUCACAAUUCUCUAUAACCAAAUCUGUGAACAAUUCGCUACCAAUAUACCAUGAUCAAGUAUGCUUAACCGAUACCGAAGACGUUUACAAUUCUGACAAUGAUGAACCUAUUGAUAUACCAGAAUGCAUUGUUCCUACGGAGUUAUACAGUUGUUGCGAUUCAAUUAAUAUCAGCGAUAGUAUUAUUCCAAAUCGAUCUCUAACGCCGAGCCUUGAAAAUGCAUCUAAAGCAUUGCUGAUGGUUAACGAAGAAUUAAAGUUCACGCCGACAGAUGUGGAACUUCUUUCAGAUUCUGAUAACGAGGUAAAAACAAAAAAAAAUAAGAAAGUCCGUAGACGCAGACCGAAAGGUUCUCUGAGAAAUAGAGGAGCUGUAACAGACAUAGAAGAUGUCGAUUUAUCAGUGGAUGAAGCAAGACGUAGUAAUAUAUUUAAAAAGAAUCCCAUUAAAGAGUACGAGCAAAGUACUUUGAAAACGUAUCAAAGACAAUCCAUGCUCUACGAUACCGAUAAUGAAGAUGAAGAUGAUUUUGUGAUUCGAAAGAAAAAAACGAAUAAAAUUUUGAUGAUACCAGACGAAAUCGAUGACGGCAUGACUGACAUAGAUGACCUGAACCUUAGCGAUAUUGAAAAUUACGAGUACGAUGAUACGGAAAUCAACAAGCAAUUGCACACUAUGGCUCAAUGCUAUAGCAAUGUUAAAGACAAGGCCAAUCAAUUUGGUCAGCAAAAUCAAUUUCAGGAUCAAAGUGACGAUUCGUCGGAUGGCGAAACAAGUUACAGAUUUGCAUAUUCCGGAAAUAUGAGCUAUUUGUCUAAGCCAUAUUCGCAUGAUAAUGUUGCCACUGAUUUAGAAAGUCUUCAUUCGGGCGAUGAGGAACGUCGAGUGAAUAAAGUUAUUGCAAUUCCUGAUGGAAAUUUAACUGAGCUCGAAGAAUACUCAGAUAACGAACAAAUUCUGUGCGAUUUGGCAACCAAUUUUUUACCAAAGUCAAUGAGGGAACUAAUUCUAAUUAAAGAAAAUAGUCUUGGUAAACCUACAGUCGUCGUGCAAGAUUUGGACGAUAUAGAAAUAACGUUAGGUUUGAAUUAUGAUGUAUCUGAGCAAACUGACGUUGAAUUUGUAUCAGAGGAAGAGAUGUUUUUAACCAUUGAAGGUCCGAGACGUUGUCCUACACCUGAUCUACCUACGAUCGAAGGAGGUGACAUAAAAUAUGUGGAAGAUUUAAGAACAAAACUUUUAUGCAGCGAACAGCUCGUUCGUGAACCGUUAACUGAUACUGAGGAACUUAUUUUAGAUAAUAAGAAGUCUAAGAAGAAUUUUAACAAAUUGUUGAAUCAGCCGAGAAAGUGUUCUGAUCAGUUGACCUUAGAUUUGGAGGCUAGCAAAACUGAUGUAGAAGAUCUGUAUAUGUCUGAUAUCGAAAAGAAGGAUUAUUUUAAUAUAAAGGUAACGAAUAUCGAAGUCCUAACUGAUGUUGAAAAUCUUGAUCUUAGUGAAGACGAUAUCGAUGUGGUUCCUGGAGGUAACUGUUGCACUCCAGAUUUAAUGCGUGAAAUGGGUGGAGAUUUCAUAUUAAGUAGGGAAAACGAUACGGUGACUAGAAAUCUGAACUCUCUGAAACCGCAUAAUCCUAGCAACAAUUGCACCUGGAGUCCAAUGGUUACAGACACCGAAGAUGUUCAGGCUUCUGCUGAAGAUGAUAAUACAACGACCAAUCUGAGUACUCCUUCGGAAAUGCAAAAAGAUUUCAAUGAUCAUCUGGUAUCAGACGUAUCCUCUUGUACUACGCGAACAUCUAAUGUCGAGUCAGCCAGUGAAGUUGGUCAUUUGAAAGGGUUGAUCCGUGAGUCCAAUACAGACGUUGAAGAUGUUGACAUCGCAGAAGCAAACGAUUCAGUUUCGAUCGAUUGGAAAAACGGUUCCGUCAUUUUCGGUUUGAUGAAGGAUGGAGAAUGGGAUGCACCAGGAAGAGGACCAGCCGAACAGCCGAUCCAACCACCAGAGAAACUAGACGCACCAACAUCGACCCAGCAAGGAAAAUCGACACCGACGACAAAAGCAAUCCCCGACGAUAAUCUAGAUGUUAUAACUAACGGUACACCAAUGAGUUUAGAUUUGAAAAACACAACUAACGCUUUCAUAGAUUCCGAACGUCGCACAAUUUCACAGCCUACAUUGGACGAUAAUAAGCAGCUCGAAGAGAAGAAACUCAAAAAGGGUUUCUUCGGUACGCUUAAAACUAUCGUUACGAAAUCAUUCGAUCAUUCCGAUUCCGACUCUGAGAAAUCUCAGAGGAAGGAGAAGAAAGACAAGAAGAAGAAAAAGAAGGACAAAAAGGUCCCCGGUUUACCAGAGACGCCCGUCAAAAAGCCUAGAUUACCUACACCUCCGCUCGGCGGAAGAGGCGAUCUAGAACAUAUUCCAUACGCAGAAGCUUCGCCAACCGAAGCAAAAGACAUAGAAAUCACGCUUAAAGCUAAAGAGCUCAUCAAAGAAGUAGAAAUUGCAGCGGUCAAAAGAGUCGAGCAACAAAUGAAACCACGCACCGACAUCGAAGUCACCAAGACAUUCGAACCUAAAGUUUACGAAUCGAAAGAUUUCCAUAUCGAAGUCAAACACAAAAUGCCUAAAGACAUGAGCUUUGAAAUGGAUGUCAACGAAAGCAUCGCAUCGAUCGGAAAAGAAAUUCUACACGAAAAACCAGAGAAACGAAGACAAGCGCCUCGCAUUUCCAAACCGGAUAUCUACGAAGAUAUCGAUGCACCGCUUCUAUCAGAACCACCAGAUCAUCUUCUCCACUAUUCUAGAUUGGGCGAACACUCUGAACGCACCAAAAUUGCUACCUUUAAUCUAAUCCAAAACGAAAUCAAUUUCCAAGGAUGGGCGGACGACAGAAACAACGUGUUCAAUCAAACGAGCAACAAAAACAUGCCUAGCAGCCAGAAGAUGAAGCGCAAGCAUGGUAAACUCUUUGGGUUUUUGGGUAAAAAAUCUUCCAAAGAAGUUGAGGAAUCAGAUGAAGAUAAAUCGGAGUUCUCUAAGCAAGAGAUUAUAGAGAAGCAGGAUGAGGAAUCCUCCAAAGAGAAACCGCCUACGAUCGAUGAGGAAUCGAAGAAGGCCGGCUUCUUUGGAUUAUUCAGUAAAAAGAAUAAAAAAGAAGACGGUGAACCGAUAGAGCCAUCUGCAGUGAAAAAUGAUAAAGUUUUGGAAACUAAAGAAGAAGUAGUGGAAGAAACGACGUUAGUAGAUUUAGAAAACACUAAAAAUUUCUUAAAGGAAGAAGUGGCUCGAUUUGAGGACGUACGUCCAAUCCUUACUUCUGCUGUCACCGAAGAAGAAGCCGAAGACAUCGCAGCCACGAAGAGCGACGAAGAAAAAUCAGAGAAAAGAAAAUCCGGUAUUUUCAGCGGAAUAUUCGGCAAGAAAGAUAAAAAAGAAGUUGAAGAAGUUGAGGUACAAUUUGAACCAGACACAAAGUCAAAGUCGCGCACACCGAUUUUCGGCAAGAAAGAAAAAACCGCUAAACCAGUACCAUCUGAAAUUGUCGCACAACAAAUGAAAGAUAGCCAAUCAUUCCUUAAACGCGAAGUGGAUGUUUACGAAGACGCUAAACCAGUCAUACAAGUAUCAACUAAAGAACAACCCAUCGAAGAAGAGGUGAUAGUCAAAGAAAUUGUUAUAGCUAAAGACACAGUGGUUAAAUCACCCGAAAAAGUCGAAGAAAUUGACAUGCCAACGUCGCCGAAGAAAGGCAUAUUUAAAAUAUUUACCAAGAAGGAAAAGAAGGACGAAGAACAAGUUCAAUUAAGUGAGGCAUUAAAGAAAUCCAUGGAUGAUACAACCUCAUUCUUAAAAACUGAAGUUGAUAAAUACGAAGAUGUUAAAUACUUACCAGAGGUACCUAAAGAAGACAUCAAGGUUGAUGUCAAGUCCACCCCAAAGAAAUCUAAGAAACAGAGACCCAGGUCUUGGCGUGAAUCUUCUGAGAGCGGAGAAGAGAGCGACAGCUCCUCGAAGAAAAGCAGAUUCACCCUAUUCUCUAAGAAAAGCAAAGCAGAUCCGAUUAAGGAAGCUUCGUCUGUAGAGAAUAAGAUCGGAUUCUCGCAGGACGUUCUUAAAAACAUCACAGAUACAACUGACUUCUUGCAAACAGAAAUCAAACAUUUCGAUGACGUGAAAAUAAUUAAACCCGUCAUACCGAUUAUCGAAAUUAGCGAUGUGGAGACCAGCGAAUCCACGGAAUCCAAAUCAAAAAGUAAAAAAUCCAAAAAGAAAUUGAAGCGUGAUUCAUCCGAGAGCGGCGAGGAGAGCGAUUCCGCAUCGAAAACUUCUAAAUUUAAACUUUUCAGCAAAACCAAAAAAGAACCUAUCAAGCCUACCAUAACAGAAGCACCUUCAAAAGAAGAGAAGCUUAUUUUGUCCGAAGAAGUAAUCCAACAAAUGAAGGAUACUUCCAGCUUUCUACACACCGAAGUUGUUAAUUACCAUGACGUCAAAACGAAUCCGUCAACUCCCGAGAAAAAAGAAAAGAGGAGUAAGAAGCAUAAAUCUAAACCCUCCAGAGAUUCAUCUGAGAGUGGAGAGGAGAGUGACGGAAGCAGCAAAAGACGCAGAUUUAACCUAUUCAGCAAGAAACCAACAAAGGUAACUGAAAAGGUGAUUCAAGAAGCACCUUCAAAGGAAGGUCAACUUAGUUUAUGCGAAACCGUUAUUAAAGAUAUGAAAGAUUCCCAGAACUUUUUACAAACUGAAAUUGAACACUACCACGAUGCUAAACCAAUCAUUUCCCUAGUCGAAUCCGAACACAAAACUGAAUCUGAAGAAGAAGAAGAAGACAAAAAGAUCAAGAUUUCCUGCUUCGGUAAGAAGGGCAAGAAGCCCGAAUCUCCGAAAUACGAGCUUACUGAAACUUUAGAAAAAACAUUAAAGGAUACUGGCGAUUUCAUAAAUACUGAAGUUAUUAAUUAUCAGGAUGCUAAGCCAAUAACAACUUCGGCUCUCGUACAACAUCCUAAAACUGAACCUGAAAUCAUAGACGACAAGAACGCAAAGAUCACCUGCUUUGGAAAGAAAAACAAGAAACAAGAUUCACCUAAAUAUGAACCAUCUGAAUCCUUGGAAAAAACGUUGAAGGAUACAGGUGACUUCUUAAAUACAGAAGUUGUUAAUUUCCACGAUGUGAAACCAAUAAUAAAGAGUAAAUUAGAAAAGUCUGAAGAGGAAGCAACAAAUGAUGAAUCCGAAAAGAAAGCUGGAUUGUUCACAUUCAUGGCAAAGAAACCCAAACAAGAAAAACCUGAAUUUGAGGAAAUUGCACAAGAAGAAAAAGUGAAGAAAGAAGUAACAUUUGAUGACACGACAACAUUAAUUAAGGAUAUUGCAUUAACGAACGAUUUCCUUACAACCGAAAAGCAUAAAUAUGAAGAUUCCGAGUAUGUUCCAAAGAUGAAACAGGAUAGAAUCCUUGUCACAACAGCCGUUUUUGAAUCUCCAGAGGACUUGAUCAAAGUAACUGAAACUGAAGCUGAAAUGGAGAUUGAAGAAGUCUCUCAAAGCGAAAUACCUUCUCAAAUAAUCACCGAGGUUGUAAAACAACAAUCUAAGCCUGAAAAGAAAAAGAAGAAGGGUAUACUUGGAAAAAUCUUCAAGAGCAAGGACGAAGAAACAGGAGAAAUUAAACAAGAUGUUAUACCGCCCAUGGAAGAAGUAGUUCUUGAUUUCGAAAAGGAUGGUGUUGUGCUCGUGAAAGAGCCGGCGCUCGAAAUUGAAUCAGAACAAGCCGAAGUCAAAUCGAAGAAAAAAUCCAAAGGAUUCAUUGAGAAACUAACGCACAAGUUUAGCAAACCAGAAGCGCCCGAAUUUGAUGUCAUUGAAAAAACAACCGAGGAUAUAACACAAUCUGUAACAGAUGAUGUAACUUUCAAACUUGAAAGUGCUAAGGACUCAACCAAAGAAACAGCAAUGAAAACGGAAGAAUUAAUGAAAUCAGUGACCGAAGAUGUGAAGAAGGAAAUCAGAGAAGAGAUUGUUACAACGAAAAUGGAAACCACAAAACCGGUGCAUGAAUUUGAGAAGAAAGUUGACGGCGCCAAAGAUUUUAUAUCCGGUUUAAUUGUAAAAACUGAAACUGUCGUGCAAGACGCAAGGGACGAGACUGUCGAUAAUAUAGCGAAUGGAGGAAGGAGCUUGAAGAAGGUGGAAACUGUUACCCAAGAAACGCAAGAAGUUAUUAAAACUAAAACGGUUGAGAUUACCGAAAUUCCCAUAAGCGCAGUGGAUAUUCCCAAUAUUGACGAAUUGAUUCAAGGAAAAAUAGAAAUCACUAAUGAUAUUACAAAAGAGACUGGCAGUAAAAUGUCGAUCAUCAAAAGCGAGAUCAGGACUGAUAUAUCCGAAGGAGUCGAUAAAUAUAAUAUGACAGCUAACGAUUUGGAGGAUUUGGUGCAUGGUUUACCGAAAUCCAGCGGAGUCUAUACUCAAGAAGUACGAACUGCUAUACAAACUACCCAUGAUGGUGCUGAGGGUCCAGUCAUCACCCUUCAAACUGAGAUUCGCAAAGUUGACUGUCCGGACAUUUUUAAAGAUGCUAAAGAAACUGUGGAAACAUUUACCCAAGAAAUAAGACCAGCCACCAAGGAAGAGGAAAUGGCUGAAGAUUCUGAAUUUGUACCAGCCGAAGAUACGGAUGAAUCAGAAACUGAAGUUAAAGUCACCGAGGAAGUCGAACAGCAGCCCGAAACUAAAGGCAAAGAGAAGAAGGGUUUCUUGGGUAAAAUCUCUACGAAACUGGGCGGCAAGCCAAGCAAGCAACCAAAAACCGAAGAGAAAGAAUCCUCUAAAGACAAGAAGAAAUCCAAAGGUAUAUUUGGUAAAAUUGGAGAUAAAUUUACAGCUUCUAAAGAAACGGUUUCAGACACAGCGAAUGUCGUGAGUGAUAAAGUUGAAGAAACUAAAACAUCUGUGUCUGAUACAGUAAGAAAAGGUAAGGAUAAAACUGAAGAUAAAGUUACUGCUGCAGGUACAGUUAUUGCACGAAAGUCGAAGGAAGCACACGAUGCUGUAAAGGAGAAAUCCACUGAAGCCAAAGAAUCUGUUGGAUAUGCCUUGCAAAAGAGUAAAGAAACGGUUACAGAAACAAGCAAAGACAUUGCUAAAAAAGGCGAAGAUAAAGCUAUUAAAGCCAAAGAUGCUACAUCUGAUACCAUAAAAAUAACUAAAGAAAUCGUUGAAGAUAAAACUACAACGGCCGCCGUAUCUGUUCAAGAUGCUACUAAAGAUAUUGCAGAUAAGACUAAGGAUCAAACAUCAAAGUUGAAAGACUCUGCUGCAGAUAUUUUCCAGAAAUGUAAGGACAUUGUACACGAUACAGUUACUACUGCUGAGGAUAAAGCAGCAGAUAUUGCAGAUACAACUCGAGAUGGAGCUAUUAAGAUGAAAGAUUCUGGAGCAGAAACUAUUAAAAAAUCGCAGGAAAUUGUCGGUGAAAAGCUUUCAUCUGCAUCUACAACUGUUAAAGAUACUACAAUUCAUAUUGCAGAUAAAACUGCAGAUAAAGCUGUUGGACUCAAGGAUUCUGCUAAAGACGUCUUUGGGAAAGUUAAAGAUGCUGGAGCAGAAACUGUUAAAAAAUCGCAGGAAAUUGUUGGAGAAAAACUUUCGACUGCUACAACAACAAUUAAAGACACAGCACAGGACAUUAAGGAUAAAACUACAGACAAAGUUAUUGGAUUUAAGGAAUCUGCGGUAGAUACAUAUGAAACAUCGAAAGAAAAUAUAGACGAGAAAAUUAGUUCUAUUAAGGACACAACAAAAGACAAUCUAGAUAAGUCUAAGGUAGAAACUAUCAAGGCAAAAGAUAGUACUGUUGGUUCUUUGGUAAAUAUCAAAGACACAGUAGAAGAUAUAUCUUCAUCAGUUAUAGCAAGUGUUGAGGACGCUUCAAAGGACAUUGUCGACAAAAGUAAGGAUAAAAUAAUUAAAGCACAAGAUUACAUAUCUGAUUCUACAAAGGAUAUUGCUGAUAAAUCCGAAGAUGAAGCUUUAAAGAUCAAGGAUUCUGCAUUAGAUUCAACUAAGGAAAUUAUUGACAAAUCAAAGGUUGAAAUCACAAAGAUCAAGGAUGCUUCUGCAGAUAAAUUAAAAGAAGCCAAAGAAGCAGCAACAGAGGAAAUUUCUGACAAAACAAUUAAGCUAAAGGAUUCUGCGAAGAUUGGUCAGGAUCUUGUCGAAGAGAAAGUUACUAUUAUUAAGGACGAUAUUAAAGAAUUUGCAGAGAAAUCAAAGGAUAUAUUUGUUGAUAAAGUUUCUUCUGCAGUAACAACUAUUUCUGAAUCAAAGGAUUAUACAUUGGAUGCUUUGAAAUCUACGAAUAAAACUGCCGAUGAUAAGGCUAUAUCUAUUGUGGAUGCUACAAAGGAAUUUGGAGCAAAAUCAAAUGAUGAAGUUUGCAUUGCUGCAGCUCAAACCAAGGAGUUUUUGGAUAAAUCUAAGAAAGAUGUGUCGGAAACUAAAGAUUAUGCUGAGCAUAAAUUUGUUUCAGCAAAGGACGGAACAAAGAGUUUUAUCGAUCAUGAAUUAGCUUCUUUGGCCAAUUCAGCUAGUAAAGGAAAGGAAGUUAUUGUUGAAAAGGUUGAAGAUGUUAAAGAAGAUACCAAUGAAAUUAUCGAUGAGAAGAAAGAAGAUUUAUCUAAAGGAAAGGAUUCAGUGUUUGGGUUCUUUAAGAAAGGCAAAAGUAAGUCUAAAGACAUUCGGGAUGAUGUAAAAGAAACUGCUAUUAAAACCAAGGAUACUGUAGUUGCUGGUGCAAAACAAGGCAAAGAGCAGACCAAAAAGUAUGUUGAUCAGAAGAAGGAAGAAGCUGGAAAAUCCAAGGAUUCAGUAUUCGGAUUCUUUAAGAAGGGUAAAAGUAAAACCAAGGAAAUGGCAGAUGAUAUUAAGGAAGAUAUUAUCGGUGCUACUGAUGCAGUGAAGGAUAAAAUUGGGGAUAUACAAGAAUCUGCGAAAGAUGAAAUACAAAAAUCUAAGGACUCUGCAGCUAAAGAUGCUGAAGAGAAAAAGGAUGAGUUAACAGAAGCAACGGAUUCUAGUAUUGAUGUUUUAACAGGAGAAAUUGAUACUGUUGUUAGUGCUGUUAAGGAGAUGGUUGGUAAAACUAAGGAUGAAUCUGUAAAAAUUAAAGAAGAUUUUAAUGAUGAAUCUAAAAGAACUGUAGAUUCCGCUAAGAAGAUUGCCGAAGAAACUGGUAAGGAAGCUGGUAAAGCUAAAGACUCUGUAUUUGGUUUCUUUAAGAAAAGCAAAGACAAAGCCAAGGACUUAGUUGAAGAUGGAGCAAUUGCAGUAACUGAUGCUGAACAAACAAUCCACGAUGAAACUAAGGAUGCAGGUGUUGCGCUCAAGAAGUCUGCUGAUGAAUUAUCUAAGAGUGGUAAAGAAACAAUAAAUGAUUUUAUUGAGGAAAAGAAGAAGGAUGCUACCCAGAAGAAGGAUACUUUAGUAAAGGAUGCAGGAGACUUAAAAGAUGAGACUGUAACAAAAGCGGUUUCGUUUGGGGAAGAAAUAAUUUCUGAUUCAAAGACGGAAAUUAAGCUUAUAAAAGAUUCUGCAAUUGAUAGCUUGGUGUAUGGUAAGGAAAAAGUGGAUUUAGUUGUUGUAAAUGGUAAAUCUGUUGAUGGCAAAACUUCUGCUGAUGUAAAACUUAUUGAUACUAAGGAACAGUUAAAGGAUGUAAGAGAGACGGUAAUUGAUGGUGCUAAAGACUCCCUUUCCCAGCGAAAGGAUGAAGCUCUUAAAGCCAAAGAUCAAGUAGUUGACGCUCUGAAAGAAACUAAAGAAAAGACAAUUUCUUCUGUUGAUGAUGCUAGCAAAGAUAUAAGCGUGAAAAUAAAUGAUGAAGUAGUAAACGUAAAAGAAGUGGUUGUUGAUGAGGCUAAGGUAUUAAAGGAAUCAAUGGAUGAAAAGAAGAAGGACAUUGGUAAAACUAAAGACUCGGUUUUCGGUUUCUUCAAGAAAGGAAAGGAUAAGACUAAAGAUGCUUUAGAGGAAGGUAAGAAUGAGUUGAUUGAAGGCAAAGAUGCUGCUAUUGAUGCUGGUAAGAAAGGUAAAGACGCUUCUAAGAAAUUUGUAGAAGAGAAAAAGGAUUCCGUGUUUGGUUUCUUUAAGAAAGGUAAAGAUGCGACUAAAGAAUUCGUCGAAGAAAUGAAAGACUCCGCGGUGCAAGCUAAAGACACUGUGACUGAAAAGACUAAAAAAGGCGCAGAUUCUCUAGGAGAAAAAAUAAUAUCUGCUAAAGAAGAUACCAAAGAAGUUGCUGAAAAAUCUAAGGAUGCUGUAGUCGAUUCAGUUAAAAAAGGAAAAGAAUCUUUUGAAGUACAAGCUGAUUCUCUAGGUGAAAAAAUAACAUCUAUUAAAGACGAUACUAAAGAAGUUGCUGAAAAAUCUAAAGAUGCUGUGUUCGAUUCAGUUAAGAAAGGAAAAGAAUCAUUAGAACUGAAAGUUGAUUCAGCUAUUGAUUUCGUAGUUGAUAAAUUUGAUGAUGGUAAAGACACUGUAAAAGAUAUUGCUGGUAAAACACAAGAAAAACUUGUCGAAGGAAAAGUCAAAGCUGUCGAUGCAACAACUGAAGGUAAAGAACUGGCACAGCAGAAAAUAGAAUCUGUUAUUAAAUCUGCUAAAGAUUCAACUGACGAAAUUAUAGGAAAGGCUGUUGACAAAGUCUCAACUGGAAAGGAUAACUUCGCCGACGGAUUAAGUAAAACCCAAGAGAAGGCAACGGAGAAAGUAGAAUCUGUUCAAGAAGAAGCUACUAAACUUGGACACACUGUAAUUGAUGCAGCUAAAGACUUGAAAGGAUCUAUGACAGAAACUGUGCAAGAAAAGAAAAAAGAUACGGGAAAAGUAAAGGAUUCUGUGUUUGGGUUCUUCAAGAAAGGUAAGGAUAAAUCUAAAGAAAUCGUAGAGGAAACCAAAGAGGAGACUAAAAAAAUGCAAGAUUCCUCAAAGAAGGCAAUCGAAGAGAAGAAGGAGGAAGUAGCUAAAGCAAAGGAUUCUGUCUUCGGUUUUCUCAAGAAAGGUAAAGAUGCAACAAAAGAUUUUGCUGAGGAGAAAAAGAAAGAUGCUGAAGGAAUAAUUGAAGAUGCGAAAAAAGAAGCUAGUGAUAUUAAAACAUCUGCGGUCGAAUCGGUAAUUGAUAGUAAAACUACAUUGGAACAUGAAAUUGAUGAUAAAAUCGAAAGUGGAAAAGAUACUAUAAAGACUUUUACCGAGAACGCGAAAGACCAAAUGGUUAAAGGUAAAGAUAUUGUAGCUGAUAAAGCAGAAGAAAGUAAAGAAGCUGCUGAAAGAAAAAUAAUUUCAGCUAAAGAUGAUUUACGUGAAAUUGCAAAGAAAUCUGCGGAAGAUGCCAAAGGUGCGAUUGACGAAAAAGUAGAAGCUGUAAAAGAUGGUGCAAUUGAAACUAAAACUAGUGUAGUUGAAACUCUGAAAGACACUGAAUCUAAAAUUGAGACAAAAUUAGGAGCCAUAAAAGAUGACACUGUUAAAUCUAAAGAUAUUGUUGUUGAAGGUCUAAAAGAUGCUAAUGAUCAAAUGAAACAAAAGAUGGAAGUCGCAAAGGAUUACGUUGAAGAGACUAGUCAAGAAAAGAAAAAGGAAGCUGGUAAAGCUAAAGACUCUGUGUUUGGAUUCUUUAAGAAAGGUAAAGAUAAAACUAAAGAAAUAGUUGAUGAAGCUAAGGAGGAGAUAUCAAAAGGUAAAGAAAAUGUAGUCGAUGCUGGAAAGAAAAGCAAAGAAGCUUCCAAGAAAAUUGUUGAAGAAAAGAAGGAAGAUGCUGUAAAGGUAAAAGACUCGGUCUUCGGUUUCUUUAAGAAGGGCAAAGAUGCUACUAAAGAUUUUGUAGAGGAAAAAACAGAAGACGCGACAAAGGUGAAAGAUAGUUUGGCUCAAGAAAUUCAUACUGAAAAAGAAAAGUUGAUAGAUUUUAUUGAAGCAGAAAAACGAAAAGCUGCAGUUGAUGAGAAAGUAGAAUCUGUGAAAGAUUCACUUGAAGAUACUCAUAAAGAAAGCAUUAAAAUUAAAGAUGACACACUGGAAAGAAUAGAGAAAAGUAAAGAAGAAAUUAUAACUACCGCUAAAGAUGAAUUACAUCAAAUUUCAGAUAAAACAAAGACUGCUAUAAGUGAUGCAAUUCAAUCGGGUGAAGAUAUAAAAGCUGAAAUGAAAGAUAAAUUGCAAGAAACUUUAAAAGAUACUGAAGAUGCUAUAGAAGGAAAAGCAGAAUCCAUAAAAGAUGGUGCUAUUGAAACUAAAGCUGAUGUAAUACAAACUCUGAAAGACACUGAAUCUAAAAUUGAUACUAAAUUGGAAACUGUAAAGGACGAUACUAUUAAGUCUAAAGAUAUCGUAGUUGAAAGUGUAAAGGAUGCUAAAGAAAAAAUGGAAGUCGCAAAGGAUUACGUUGAGGAGACUAGCCAGGAAAAGAAAAAGGAAGCUGCUAAAGCUAAAGACUCAGUGUUUGGUUUCUUCAAGAAAGGAAAAGAUAAAACUAAAGAAUUUGUUGAAGAUGCAAAGGUGGAGUUAGUAAAAAGUAAAGACAGUGCAGUCGAUGCUGGAAAGAAAAGCAAAGAAGCUUCUAAGAAAAUUGUUGAAGACAAGAAGGAAGAUGCUGUGAAAGCAAAAGAUUCGGUCUUUGGUUUCUUUAAGAAAGGCAAAGAUGCCGCUAAGGAUUUCGUGGAGGAAAAAGCAGGAGAUGCUACUGAGUUGAAAGAUACUGCGACCCAAGAAAUUCAAACCGAAAAAGAAAAAGUUAAAGAUUUUAUUAAAGAUAAAGUUGAUAGUGCUAAAUAUAAAGCAGAAAAAGGAAAAGCUACAGCUGAAGAUAAAAUAGAGACUGCAAAGGAUGAAACCAUUAAAAUUAAAGAUGAAUCACUGAAAACAAUAGACAAAACUAAGGAAGCAAUAAUAACAUCUACCAAAGACGUGUUACAUGAAAUAUCAGAUAAAACUAAAAGUGCUUUGAGUGAUGGAAUGCAAUCUGGUGAAGAACUGAAAACUGAAACCAAAGAUAAAAUACAAGAAACGUUAAUAGAUACUAAUGCUGCUAUUGAAGAUAAAGUAGAAUCCAUAAAAGAUGGUGCUAUUGAAACUAAAGCUGAUGUAAUACAAACUCUGAAAGACACUGAAUCUAAAAUUGAUACUAAAUUGGAAACUAUAAAGGACGAUACUAUUAAGUCUAAAGAUAUCGUAAUUGAAAGUGUAAAGGAUACUAAAGAUAAAAUUGAAGAAAAAAUGGAAGUCGCAAAGGAUUACGUUGAAGAGACUAGCCAGGAAAAGAAAAAGGAAGCUGCUAAAACUAAAGACUCUGUAUUUGGUUUCUUUAAGAAAGGAAAAGAUAAAACUAAAGAAAUUGUCGAAGAUGCAAAGGAGGAGAUAACAAAAAGCAAAGACAGUGUAGUCGAUGCUGGAAAGAAAAGCAAAGAAGCUUCGAAGAAAAUUGUUGAGGAAAAGAAGGACGAUGCUAUAAAGAUAAAAGACUCGGUCUUUGGUUUCUUUAAGAAGGGAAAAGAUGUUGCUAAAGAUUUUGUGGACGAAAAAGCAGAAGAUGCAACCAAGGUAGAAGAGAGUGUGUCCCACGAAAUUCACACUGAAAAAGAAAACGUGAAACAAGCAUUUGAAACAGCGAAACAGCAAGCUGAAAAAGGAAAAACUGCAGCUGAAGAUAAAAUAGAGUUUGUAAAAGACGUGAUUAAAGACACGCAUAAAGAUACCAUUCAAAUAAAAGAUGAUACACUAGAAGCAAUCGAUAAAUGCAAGAAAGCAACUGAAGAUAAAACAAAAGAAGUCUUAGAUAAAAGUAAGCAGAAGAUUUCUGAAACGGCCGAUCAAGUAACUACUUCAGUUGCAGACUCUAAACAAGCAAUUGACGCACACUUAGAAUCUGCAAAGUAUACUUUGGUAGAAACUAAAGAAAGCGCAUUGGAAAAGCUUGUAGAAGCAAAAGAAUUUGCCGAUACAAAAAUAGAAGAGGCCGAGGCGACUAAAGAAAAACUUAUUGAUUCCAUUCAAGCUACCAAAGAAAAGGUAGAUAAUAAAUUUAUUAGUUUAACAGAUAGGACUGAUGAAUUGGCAUCCAGCGUUAAAGAUACGACCGAGAAAAUGGUAGAGGAAAAGAAGGAAGAGGCAGCGAAAGGUAAAGAUUCAGUGUUUGGUUUCUUGAAAAAGAGUAAAGGGAAAUCCAUUGAAGUUGCAGAGCAAACUGCAACUGCGGUAGCUGAUGCUAGCAAAGAAGUUAAAGAAACGUCAAAACAAGUUGCAGAGGUAACUAAAGAUGAAGCAGUUAAAGCUAAAGAUUCAGUGUUUGGCUUCUUUAAAAAGGGAAAGUCUAAAGUGAAAGAGAUUGCGGAUCAAGGUAAAGAGCAAAUAACUAAAGAUAAAGAUUCAGUACAAGAAUGCGUGAAAGCGACCGAAGAUAAAAUUAGUGCAUCGGCAAAAUCAGCGAAAGAAGAAACUUUUGAAUUUCUGGAGAGCAUGAAGGAAACAGCUAUCAAAGUUACCGAUUCCGCAUCUGAUAGUGUUAAAGCAACCGAAGAAAAAAUUGCUACGAAAACAGAUUCAGCUAAAGAAGCAACUAUUGAGUUCCUUGAGCAUAGCAAGGAUGAAGCUAGUAAGGCUAAAGAUUCGGUUGUCGAGAAAUCUAUAAAAGGUAAAAAUAUUAUUCAGGAUAAAAUAUCUGGAACUGCAGCGACUAUUAAAGAUUCCUCUAAAGAUUUUUUAACUAAAAUGAAAGAUGAAGCAACUGUAGCUAAAGAGCAAAUAGCUGAUAGUUCUAAGAAGGUUGGAGAUUCAGCUAUCGAUAAGAUUGAAAAAACUGUGGAUUUUGUGGAUAAAACUAAAGAUUUAGCUAAAAGUAGUAAGGAUUCAGUUGAACAGAACAUCAUAUCUGGGAAAGCAGCUAUAGAAGAAAAAGCUCUUAAAAUGAAGGACGAUAUUAUUGAAACUGCAGAUGAACUUAAAGAUAAGUCACAGGAGAAAGUAGAAAGCAUCAAAGAUUCUUCUACGGAAAUUUUACAUAAGUCUAAAAUUGAAUCCAAGGUAUUAAUUGAUAAACAACUUGAAAAAGGUGAACGUAAGUUGGAAGAUGUUGAAGAAAAGGUAAUCAAAACUGAAAAAGUAGUAGUCGAAUCUGUAGAGUCAAAAGCGAUUGAUUUAAUCAAAAGUAAAGAUUCUUUAGUUGAAAAAUUAACCGAUUUUAAAGAUGAGUUGAAGGGCGAUAGGGUUAUUGUAGAUGAUGCUGUUGAUUCUGAGAUAGUUCUUAAAGACGGCGAGGUUAUAAAAUUUGCAAAGGAGUGCGUGAUUGAGAGUGUAGGUGAAGGUAGCAAAGACGAUGAAGGAGGGGCAAAGAAAAAACCGAUGUUCAGAAUAGAAUCGGAGGAUGAUUCAAUGACCGGUGUGAAAGGUGACGACGUUAAAGUAGAGGAGAAAGUGGAAGCGUUAGUUACGGAUUUAGAUUAUCCGACCGUAUUUGAAAGCGAGAGAAUUGAAUCAAAAUUGGAGGAAAUAGAGAAAGCCAUCGAGAGUAUCGAGAAGGCUGACAAGAUCGAAUGUAAAUUGAAGCGAGUUGAGAGAAAAUUUGAGCGAAUGGCAUCGGACGCGAUGGACCAAGAGAAAGAGGAAGCGAAAGAGUCGAACAUGACUACUCCGGAAAUGGAGGAGCGUCGUGAGAGUAGUUUCAGGACGAUCGUGUCCCAGCUGAGCACGGAAGACGUUUCCGACCUUCAACGGGAAUACGCGGCUCUAUGGGAUGAGCAGACGUUCUCGCAGACCGACGAAUGGGAUUCGAAAACGCCAGAGAGUCAGGCCGAUGUUGUAGAUCUGCCACAAGGUGAGAUAGUUUACAUGGGUCCGGUGAAUUUAAAUAAAGAUAAUUUAGUUAAUAAGGCCGGAAUAGAGGUCGAUGUAAUACCGAGGAUGCGAAGUCCUUACGCCUCACCGAAACCAAGGCGAAAGAAGGGCAGCAAAAAGCGAGCCAAAUCAGAGCUGGGCUUCCACCGGAAAACGCUCGAAGAAGACAGAGGAAGUCUUCCGGAUCUAUACGAUAAGAGAGGAACGAUCAUGGACGUAAUCAUGACGAUGAGUCCACAGAGGUUCUUGAGCAAGAGCACUGAAGGUCGCAGUCUGGUAUCGUUAUCAUACCAUACCAGAGAGGACAUGUCGCGAUCCUUGGGAAGCUCGGAAUCGUUGAUCUCUCGUGGUCACAUCAUGGAGGCCGUCGUACAUUGGCUGAACAGGUCAGGUUCCAUCGAAGGCAUGAACCAAAGUCUGACGGACCGAUCGAACCUCUCUAUCUUUGGUGACGACGAAUCACUAGAGUCCUCCUUCCUUUCCGAACGCAACAGUUCGCGAACGGAAAACGUUAUACCCGACAUUUUUAUAUCGGAAGACGAAGCACUUUUAAUUUACAAAGAAUCCCCCGUAACUAUAACCAUGGACCCAAACGAACCGCCUACAUUAGAAAUCGGCAGCGUACCACUAACCAAAACGUCUGCUGAAAUAACAGCUUUGCCACAACCUAAACCCCGAUCAAACAAAACAUCAGAAACCCAACAUGAAUUAACAACCGCAUCAUCGACAUCUACAUCAUCAUCAACAACAAUAGACGCUAAAGUUGCUAAAGAUGAAACGUUGCCAUCGCAAUUGGAGGAAGAGGAUCGUGCUGAGGAGACUCUUGAAGAGAGCGUCAUCGAAAGUUACUCGGAACGUAAGAAGUUCUGGGAGAGUGUCAGUAGUAGUAGUAGUCAAUCUCAAGAAUCUACAGUCAAGAAGCGCAUGAGUUUAUACGAGGAAGGUACUAAAUCUAAGAUAACACCGAUGAAGAGGACAUCCAUCCACGAAGUGUCCUCGCAACCGCCCGUUCCAAAACCGCGAUCUAUCGCCGCGCAGAGUUUCAGCGAAUCGAAGGAUGAAGAAGUACCGUCGAAACCCCUCACAGAAUAUCAGUCAUCAUUCAAAGAUCCGGCCCAAGUCUCGCCGCCCAAACCGGACGAACCCAAAGAGCUGGAAUCUGCUGAUAGCAUUGAUUCUGAUAACGAUAAUUCCGCUCACAUGAACACGUCUAGUGGAUACGAGAAUACCGGUUACAUUUCCGAUAGUGGAGAUGUAGAGCAUUACAUUUCUGACUCUGAAAUUGAGGAUCGCGUUCCUCAAAUCAGGGACAGACAGAUGAGUGUCUUCCAACCGUCCUCCUCGACGAGGAAGUCGAUUUACGAACGAUCCUGUUCGUUGCCCACAGAAGACUUGUACGAAGUAUCCGCCAAGAGCAUGCUUCUUCGCAAGCAGUACUACGAAGAGCGAAUUAAGAAAGACAUGGUCGAAGAUGAUUUCAUGAUGGAAAUCGAAGAGGAACCAUUGCCUGAGCAUAAAACGCUCAGCAUUGACGAUCAAAGCGAAGAAGAUGACGUCGAGCCAAGCGGUGUUAAAAGCGUACCAGAUACCAUCACCUACGAGAAAGAUGAACUCAUUGAAACCGCUGUAGCCUUCGACGAGAAAGCGGAGGCUCUCAUCUUGGACGAUGACUACGAAGUUGUCCAAAAAUCGGUGAAAGACUUGACAAAAGCUUUUGAAACUAAGAGCGGAUCCAUAAUCAUGGGCAAAUCGCACAAGUUCGACGAAGUUCAUGAUAUCAAAAAUUUCGAAGAAAUGGUCAGCGAAGAGAACAUUAGCAUCUUCAAAGUUCACAAACCGCAGAGAAUUCAACAAUCUUCUACUGAAUCUGACAGCAUUUUCGAUCGUGACAGCGAUGAGAACGCUUCCAAAACCGGCGACUCGUUGGAAGUUCACGUCGACAAGAGCGAAAUCGAAGAUUCCGAGAAGAUGACCGACGUGGAUGAAACAAAAUCAUUGGAAUCCACUGAACUUUCGCCUAAAUCUCUGUACACUCAAGAGGAUAUACCUGAAAUCACCAUUAGUUUAUCGGGUAAACAACGCAGAAUUAGCGAAGAGAGUAGCGAAGGUUCGUUUGAAAAACCCAUUGAUAUUAAACCAAUUCCUGAAGCCACGUCACCCAUCAACCAACCGGAAGAACACGUACAAGACACAAUAUGGGAAGUUUCCGUGGAAUCUCAAGUGCAGACGUUCGACGAAAGAGCGCUCGAAUUAAAUUUGGAAAAAGGUGAGCUAAUCGUUGAAGAACACGAUGCGAGCGAAUUGGAAGAGGAAGUCAAAGAGUCUGUAAUUCACGAGGAGAAACCUGUAACUCAUGUUUCUGAAACAGCAAUAUCUGUUGAAGAAAAAUUAAUUAUCGAAGCUCAAGAAACUGGUGAAGUAAUCAAAGAAGUUGUAGCUCAAGUUUCUGAAAUUUCCAAAGAAACUACUUUGGAAGAACAAAAGGAUAAUCUGGAAGAUUCACCAGAAUCUUUACACCAUGAAGAAAUAGUUGAAGUCAUUCGAGAAGAAAAACCUUUUGACCUAAAAACUGCAAUUGAACUUAAAGAUUCGCAACAGGUUAAAGAAUCUCAUUACCAUAAAGAAAUAAUUGAACAGAUUCAAGUAGAAACGAUUGAAGAUUCUGUUGUAAUUGAACCUACAGAUAUACAACUUACGGAAAAAGUUUCUUUACAUGAAGCAGAAAAACUUUCUGAAGAACAAUCAAGUGUAAAGGAGAUCAAAGAUAUACAGCUUACAGAAAAACUUUCUAUACAUGAAGAGGAAAGCCUUUCUGAAGAACAACCUGCUGUAACAAAAACUAAAAACACACAACUUAUCGAAAAACAGUCUACAUAUGAAGAAGAAAAACUUUCUGAAGAACAACCGGCUAUAACUGAAACUAAAGAAACACUCAAAGAUGUGCAGACUAUUGAAGCAUUAUCUUUGUACGACGAAAAAAAACUUUUUGAACAACAACCUCCUAUGAAAACAAAAGAUGCACAGCUUACUAAAGAAUAUUUGUUGCAUGAAGAAGAAAAUAUUCUUGAAGAACAAACUGCUAUGGAAUCACUCCAAGAUACACAGCUUACUGAAGAACCUUCUUUACAUAAAGAAGAAAAAUUGUUUGAAGAACAGUCUGCCUUAAUGGAAACUAAGGAAACUGUCCAAGAUACACAAUUUACUGAUGAAACGAUUUCUGAAGAACAAACACCUAUAGAAACGCUUCCAGAUACACAGCUUACUGAAGAACUUUCUUUAAGCAAAGAAGAAAAGAUUUCUGAAGAACAACCUGCUACAAUGAAAACCAAGGAAACACUUCAAGACAUCUUACUCACUGAAGAAUCAUCUUUACAAGAAGAAAUAGUUUCUCAAAUACAAGAAGAAUCAUCACCUGAUACUGAAUCUGAUGACAUGGAAAUUAAAUCUCAUAAAAUAAUCGAAGAAAAAAUCACAACUUCAAAAAUGACAUCAUACGGAGAAAAAUUGGACGAACCACGAGCUCCACUAACUGUAGCUAAUAUUGAAGAUGAAUUAAUGGACGAACCAGAAAUUACUUCGAUGAUGACUAAGCUCGAAGAUACCUAUAGCGAUGAACCAAAAAACACUCUGAUUAUAACAACUUUUGAAGACGAUUUAAUGGAAGAUCAAGAAGUAACCGAAAUCGAAGAUAAGCUCGUGGAAGAACCUGAAAUGACGGGUGUGAUUAGUACCAAACUCGAUGAGGAAAUAAUCGAGGAAUUGGACUAUAGUUCUGAUGAAGAUCAAGUAGCAACCGAGACAACAGUCAUGAAGGAACCAGAAGUUACUUCACCUGUAACCAAAUUUGAAGAUACAUUAUUUGAAGAAUUAAUCAUUACUUCCACUGUUACUGCAUUAGAGAAAAAAGUAAUUGAUGUAUCUGAAGAAUCAGGAAUAUCUAAAAUUGAUAUUCCUAAAGAACGUGCAGUUACCACUCACACAGAUGAAACAACAUUGAUUGAAGAUCAAGAAGAUACAGAUAUUAAAAUUACUGAAGCAGAAAAAAGUAUAUUUGAUACAACCAAAAUUUCAUCACAUGAAAAUGUUGAAAUUACAAAAGAAACAGAACUACCAGUCAAAGAAAUAAUAGACAGCGAAGAUAUUAUCACCAAAGAUAUCCCAAUCGCAGAUCUUCAAGCUUUUGAAAUUGAUAAAGAGUUUGUAGAGAAGAAAUCUGAACCAGAAAUAUUUGAUGAAGUGGAAAAAGAGACAUUGAUUACAAAAACUGAAUCUUUAACCACUGAGAGUAUUCAAGAAGAUACUAUAGAAUCUAUAGCUAAGGAAAUUCCAAGCAAACAUAAGUCAUUAUUCGAAGAAAUGGCUGAGAAAACAAUUUCUGAGCAGGACUCUAUUUCUGAAAGAAAAGAUGAACAAUUCACAAGUAAAAUUAAUGAAUUUGAGAAAGUUGAUUCUGUGCCAACUACUUUCAGUGAAGAUAGAGAACUGAUACAAACAUCUACAAUCAAAGAAACUAUUUCUGAAGAUACGGAUGAACAUUUCACAAUUAAGGAAGAAUUAAUAUUCGAGAGUAAAACACCUAUUAGUUCUGUAAAUUAUGAAGAAGCUGUACCUGAAUUACCAUCUGUGGAAAAGGUAUCAGAAGUUGAGACUAAAAUGACGGAAGAAGAGACUUCAACCUCUGUCACAGAUUUUGUUGCUGAAGAUACUAAAACAGAUGAUAAUAUUGUAAAGAAAGAAACAACUGUCGAAGACAAAGUAGAUUUUGAAAUAUAUGACAAAGAAGUAUGCGAAGAUUCUUUUGAAAAAUCUGAAGUUUUGUACAAUUUAAUGCAAGAUCAAGCUACAUCAGUAAUUAGUGAUUAUAUUUCGAAAGACGAUUUGACUGAAGGAUACGAAAAGGAAGAUUUAGAGAAAAAAAUAACUGAAACAGCUACGGAAAUAAAAAUGAAAUUAGAUACAACUGUUGAAGAUGAAAGAGACUUUGAAAUAUAUAAUCAAGAAUUGACCGAAGAUGUUUUAGUAACAACGUCAACUGAUCAACUAAUCAUAGAACCAACCAUAGUCGCAACAACAUCUGAUUUAACGGAAAUGGAAGAUUUUGCUGUAUCUCAAAUUAAAACUGAAGAUUUGCACCCGGAAAAGGUAUCCUACAGAAACAUUGAUUUCGCAUCGCAAGAUGAGGAAAUUAAAUCAACUUCUACAGAUUUAGAUUUUGACGAAAUUAAGCAAUCUGUAAGUGAUAUCAUCGAUGAAACUAUAGAUACUAUUUCGAAGGCUGAUGCUGAAAAACAUACAAAGGAAACCAAAAUUAUACCAGACGAAGAUGAUAUUCGAGAAAUCAAGAAAUCUGUAACGGAGGUUAUCGAUGCUGCAGUCGAAACCGUCUCCAAGCAGAUCACUGAAACUGUAGAGAUCAAAGAAUCGUUUGAAGAAAGAACAGUAGUGCAUGAAAAGUCAAUGGAUGUGGAAGAAGAAUCAAGCAAAUCCGAAACAGAUAUUGAUACCAAGUUGAGUAAAUUCGAGCAGUAUGAAAAACAAAUAAUUGAAGAGCUCAUGCAUAAGGAAAAGUUCGAAUCCGAUUCCGAAAUGACUGAUUCGACUGUGGAAAGCAUGAAGGAUAAACGUAAGGAUUUGAAAUCCACCGAAGGAUUGUCAAUGAGCAGCGAACGUGAUUUAUUAUUGGAAACAAUUCAAUCUAAGGAAAGUUCCAUCUCCGAUGAGUCCACCAAAGCAUCGAGAGAGAUACCUGUUGAUGAAACGCCGACAACAAGCAGAUACGAAACCGAAAAAAUCGAAGUUGCUGUUUAUGAAAAGGACGAUGAUUUAAGCAGCAGCGUAAGAGACGAAUCAGAUUUAGGUUCAGAGAUUCAUCAGGAUCACUCCGAAUCUUAUUGCUCCGAUCGUAGAUCCGACAGUCAAGCGGACAUUGAAAAGUUGAUCUUGGAGAGUUUGCACCAUCAGAAGAUAUCACCUGAAGAAGCGCGAAUUAUUGCGAACGAAUUGAUCGCUGAUAUUGAGGCUGAGAUACAUAGGAGACACAGCACUGAUUACGAAGAACCUCCGGCACCUGAAUACGCUAAGAAUCAGGUCUCAGAUUAUUUGAGGCAACUAGCCGAAACUAAAGGUCUAGAUUCAAGAGAGUUGCAGCUGGUGCAAUCUGUACUUGAUAGAAAACAGCGUGAACUAUCUAAGCUCUCACGGGCUGACACCCAGGCUUCUAGUAUGGAAAUAACCGAUGAAGAUUUGAAAUACAGCGGCACCGAUUAUUCACCAACUGGAAGUCGAGCGAAUAUACUGGAAGAGCAAAUCGAUCAAUUGGAAGCCGAACGAAUCGAUGGAGAUUUGAACGAAGAACUGGUUAAAGAAGUCAUAGAUGAAAGCAGAUACCGCGAAUCCAGCAUGACGAAAGACUUUGAAGUCGUCGAUGAUGACAGAAGGGUUUUCGUGAAAACUGAUUUAGAUACAACUUGCGCAGAAACAGUAAAGGGCGAAAAAGUUACAAAAGAGCGAAAGGACAUAAUUUUGGAGGAGGAUGAAACCAUUUUAGAUUCUACUUUCAGUGAAUCUAAGGUGUUAGCAUCAACUUCGGAAAUGACUGCUCAACAGCAAGAAUUCAUCGAAACCAAUGAUUUCGUCUGCUCUUCAACAUCCGCCGCGCAAAUAGCUGAUGAAGCUAUCCAUUCCAGCGAAACUACAACACGCGUUAUUUCGUCCAUCUCUGACGAUAAAGUCAAAGCUGAGUCUGUGACGGAAACAGCAGCGAAAGAUCGCGAAGAGAUCAAAGGUGUUUACGAGAGUGAGAGCAUUUCGAAGAGCGUACUGGAUGGCGAAACCGUAGAUAAAACUGUAAACGAAGUACGUAAAAUCGAUGGAAUCGUCGAGAAGGACUUCCAACAAACUGUCGAGCAACUUGAGGAAUCUUCUGUUGCCGACGAUGUCGAAACUAAUAUCACCAAGCAAACGACUCACACUAAGGCGGUUACAAAAAAUACAGUCGUUGAUGUAUCUCAACAGAAAACGCACACAAUCUCCUCGAACGUCAUCGUCGGAGAGAUUAGUCAAGCUGAAUUAGGUGAAUUGUUCCAAAGCGGUCAAUUCACAUUGGAAUCUUCACAGCCCAAGAUUGAAGAAUACCGAGAAAUCAUUCGCACCUCGAGCAGCGAAUCGAAAUCAAGCCUGGAAGGAAAAUCACCAGAAGACAUUUCUGGAGAACGCAAAUUCGAGGAGCGAGUAGUUUUCAGGAAGACUCGUACUGUUGAUGAGUCAAGCAGCAGCAGCUCGAAUUUGAAACAGGAGAGAAAAUCUGGAAUUGACUUUGAGGCCUAUUCGAGUUCAGGCGAGAGUCAUUACCAGAGCUUUGAGAUUGACAGCACGAAGAGCAGACCUUGUUCUUCUGAUGUUGAAGGUCUUUUGGCUGCAGGUUCUUCAGAAUACGAAAGCGCAUUGACAUCGCAAGAUAUUUCGGUGCCUUCGAACUUAACAUCAACAGAGUAUCACACUGCUGUCAGCAGUUUAAGUUCAAAGGAGAGCAUGAAGAGUUUGGACAGCGAAAGUUCUGGGCAUUUAGCCAGUGUUGAAGUAUCAGAAGCAUCGGAAACUUUGGUUCCCUCAGAGUUUGAGUUGGCAGCUGAAGAACUGAUGGAAGGUGAUUUUGAAUAUGGAAAACCGUUGCUAAGUACAAGGCAGAGUACCGAAGGUAGUGACUCCGAAGUUUUACCAAUUGAUAAUCAGCAGUCCUUGGACAUCUCCGAGGAAGAUUUCAGUAAUGACGGCACGGAUAUUAUCGAAACUGCAUCGAAAAUGAAGAGAUCUCAGGAGAUGACCUUCCAACCGGAACCUAAAUCUCUUGUUCCUGAUUCACCGCAAUUUGAGUCUGAGGAAAGACUAGGUACUAGCUUAGAUGAAGGCAGCGUGCUUAGCGUGAGUUUAUCCAGCACUUCUAGUCUUGCCGCGCAACGAACUGUUAUUGAAUUAUCGCAUACCGAGAGCGAGAGACCAGGGACUGGUAUGACUGUAUCACUUACAUCCGAUCAAUUGAGUCUCAACGAAGACAUAGAUAUCAGAGAUGGUGAGCAUACUCCAUCUCUUGUUGAAAUGUCGACGUCAACUCCGUACCAUCCUCAAGACAUUCUGAUCGACAAUGUUACAUUGACAACAUCAAUGAUCGACGAAAAUGGAAUGCAAUGCGCCAGUACCCAAGUUAUUUCGCAAACUCAUACACCGGAUGCUGAAAGAUCAACAGUCGAAGACUUUAGCGAAAAAUCUGCGGAAAUUCCGGAGGUGAAGAAACGUGGUCACAGAAGAACGGAAAGCACGUCAUUCACUCCAGGGAUGAUCUCUCAAAUCACUGGCACUCACAUCGAGCAAAUUGAGCAAAAAAUACACUCAGACUUGCCUGAAAGCGACACGUACAUGCACAAACUAAGUUUCAAGGAGGGUAAAAGUGACGAGAAGAAAGACGUCGACGAGAAAGCAGAAUUCUACGAUACCGAAGCAGAUGAAGGAUUUUUGAAGGACAUCGAAGACGAAUAUAAAGAAGACACUCCGGAAAUGACUUCCGAAGUCUUGGACCUCGAAGAAGAAUCAUUAUCUGAGGACAUGGUGGAAGCGAAACGAUUGAUCAAAGAAGUCGCUGUCGAAAAACUAACGCACAAAGAAGCUUUGGACAAACGCGAUUCCCAUGGUAAAUCCAGCUCAACAUCCAGCGAAAAGUCCAGCUUUGAGGAAGCAGAAGCUGAUGCUGCUUUUCAUAUGGUGGCCCAUGUAUCGCCGGCGCACAAAAUCAAGCAGAUUUGCCCGAUUUUGGAAGACGAAGAUGCAGAGAAGCAUGAACUUGAAACUAGAGAACGAGCUCAGAAGGAGUUUGAGCAGAGGCGAGCGCAGUUGAGGGAUCAGAGUCCCGGCGCUAUACCGGACAUUAAGGUCACUCAACACAUGACACCAAUGGAUAGGAAAGGUUUCCAUUAUCCAGAUUUGGAGUUGGAGGAGAAGGAGGACGAAGCGCAGAUCUCCACGCCACAAACUCCGGCUUCAAACUCUAGUAAGAGUUCUGAAUCUACGGAUCAAGGUGGAGAAUACAUAUUAGAUCAAAUGGAAGGAGUAAUUGCAGAGGAAUCUGAGAGUCAAUUGCUUGAGGAUAAAACAGCGGAAAGUGACAUGAUUGAAACUGUUGUGGAGAAGCUAUGCUUCGAAGCUGAUAAGGAAACGGAUAAGGAAACCGGAUCUCCGAUGUCGGAAUCUCCGAACAGCGAUUCGUUUGAACUACUGGAGAAACCUGAUCUGAUGGAUGAGUUUGUUGUUAUCGAGGAGGUUGCAAAGGAAGCUCAUGAAACUGAUAUGGAAGGUAAAUCUGUUAGUAUUUCGAAACAUAAGAUCAAGAAGAAGCAUGACGAAGAAGUGGAGGAAUAUUUGGUGAAGUCUGCACCAUCACCUUCCACCAAAAUGACCGAAAUCAAAUAUUAUCCGGACGGUUCGUCCAGCGAUGAACUUGGUUUUGAAUUCGAAGAUAGUCCACCGACGAACAAUCAAAAGAGCACUGGAUCUUCGACGAAGAGUCCCAGAGAUUACGUCUACGAAUACGAUCGUGAGUUGGAGGCGAAUAAGAAGUGGAUUGAGCAGCAGUUCCAGGGCGAUCAAGCAGCUAUGAUUGCAGCAGGUUACGGGUACGAGAUGGAAUUCGAAAGAUGUCCUCUGGAGGAUAUCAAGGAAGAGGAUAUUGCCGAUUUCGAUCAGAGUCGCAUUGGAAGUUUAAAUUCUCAGAAGGAGUCCGGAGGUAGCUUAGGCAGCGUCAAAGACUCGUACUCGAGCACGCCUGAAUAUGAUGUGUUGGCCGGAAGGAAGUACUUUACCAAAUCCGGAGAACACGAUGAUAUAUCGAUGUCGAGUUUGCAAGAGUUUGAGAGUCUCGAAAGGGCCAUGUCUUUGGAGAAUCGUAGAUUCCAUCAGGGAUCACAGGAUUCUUUGAGCAAUGGUUCAAGUUUCAAAACUCGUUACUUCGGACGCAGCGGGCAAGGAGAUGACGUGUCCGUGAGUUCUCUUAAGGAAUUCGAAGGUUUGGAGAUGGCGUGCAUCGCCGCUCACAAGGUUGAGGUAAAGGUGAAAGAAGAGGAAUUAUUACUUGCUCAAAUCGACGAGGGUCAGGAGAGUAUCGCAUCGGAGACUGAGAGUUGUGAGACUGUUUCGGGGCCAGAGAAGAAGAUCGUCGCUGAUUCGGAUGAAGAGGAAUACGAGAAGAGGAUGUUCGAAAUCGACGAGAUCAUAAGACAGGCUCAGACUAACGUUGAGAGAUUUAUUGAUUUGAAGGAGGGCGAUAAAACUGAAUCUAUUGGUAGGGGUGAUUCUAUCGAGGAGGUAUCUAAAGUCCCUGACUUGGAUUUGGAUGCGCCCAUCGUGAAGACGCAGAAAGUUCAAUGGGGUGAUGAUGAUAUGAUGCAGGCUUCCACGGAUUCGCUCGAUAUUAAAGAGAAGCCGAGUUGUCACGGAAGCACUGAUAGUUUAGAUAUGAAGACGCCGAUGGAUGCGAUGACAACGAGCACGGAUUCCAUUGAGUUGCAAGCUCAAAAAUCAAAAGGAACAAUAAUGACUGAUAGCAUCGAGAUUAAGGAUAGGGGUUGUGCAAUUACGUCCAGCGAUUCGUUGGAAUUGGCGACCGGUAAUAUUGCUGGAUUCAGCGAUUCCAUCGAUGAGGAUGGAUCUCGAAUUGGAGGACACGAUCAUAGCAGUUCGAGCACAGGAAAAGACUUUAGCUCGCACAAAGACGACGAGACUGCUGAUCAGAAUAAGGACUUCAUGCUUGAGAGCACGGAUAGUGUAGCGUCGACGUCGACUGCGACUCACGCUACUUACCAAUACGAAACGGAUUCCGUAUAUUCGGGAAGUUUUACAAGUGGAGGAUCUAAUACGAUGGUGUCAUCUACGGAUAACAUCGAUCCCAUGAGCAGGGACAGCGUGAACAUAUCUGAGGCGGUGAAGAAAGUUUGGUUCGGCGAUGAUUACGACGAGGCGGACGAUAGUAAACCUUAUGUAACAGAAGUGAUUGAACCUGGAGAGACGAAGGUGAAGAGGUACACGUUCAAAGGCGCCGAUGCCGAGCAGCAGAUGAGACAGUUCAUAGAUGACUUUGACGAGGGUGAGGAUGUCUACGAGGAGCAGAUCGUGGAUGAAGAUGGAAACGUGAGGAUAAAGAGGACGGUCAACAAGAGGAUUAUAAUUAGGGACGACGGAAGCACGACUGAACUGAUGAGGGAGAGCGUUUUGAAACGCAGUUUUAGCGACGAGCGUACGCGACAAAGCGUUGCCGAAGACCCAGCAGGGGAGGCAUCUGGAAGUAGUUGGCAGCAGACGGCGGGUGCAAGCAUUUAG